AUGCGAACCAGAGGACGACAGCCUACGUAUCACUCUCAGAUCCAGCCUAGGCACCACCACCACGAUAUCUACGACUACGCCAUCUACAACGACGAAGCGUCCGUGCCCGCGAGCCACCGAAUGCAAGAAAAGCAGACAGAAGCCUAUGCAAGGCUGCUGUAUUCCCAUCUGCCCGUACCAGUCAAAGUGUCCCUCAGACAAUGCAAUACAGAAGCUCACAAAAUCGGAUUCCGUAUCAUCUACUACAUCGACUAA